AUGAAAGGUGCCGAGAAGAUUGGAUACCAUGCACUUGUCAUUGGCACUGGCACAUCUACCCAGUCGCCCCUACUAGGUCUAAACAGGGACUCUGAAUCCCUGCGCACGACCUUGAAUGCCAUCCGCGCAGCUCUCCCCAAUGCCAAACACGUUGCCAUUGCAGACAGAAGUCUGGCCGGAGUAGAAACGGCCGGCAUGCUAGGUGAAUGUCUCAACGGUUGCGCUGGCUGGCUCAGCUCCAAACUGGAGAAUCUUAAGGUCCGCAUUACCCUAGUGGCGGUGGGCUCAGGGAUCCUCCCCGUCUUGCGGCCCGCGAUCGCGAACGAGUCGGAGGGAUUCCUCGCAUGGAUUGGUGUGACAGUGACUCAGGGCGCACGUGUUGUAACCAUCUCACCACCUGGUGCAGGGACUGAGAGGGAUCUGAUGACCCAUGCGACGGUGACCUUAGAAGAUGGCAAAACACUCGAAGUCGUCCUUUUGGUCCCGGCUAUUUGUGUGGCACCUAAUAUCUGUUUUAUCCACGAGUCCCCGUUCACGGCUAGUGACUCGGUAGAGACUACUGUAUCAACCCUGCGAGUAGACAAAGUUGGUGCACGAGUCUACGCAAUGGUGAUAUGA